AUGAUUUUCAAUGAGAAGCCCAUGCCCAUGAGGGAUUUGACCAAGUGGUGUAAGCCACUGGCUAAGAGGAUGGAGUUUGAUGCAUUAAAGCGUUUGGAGCUGUUACACUUGAUUGAGUACGAUAGUAAAGGAACCAAUGUUCGAUUGAAUACAAUUUUUCGUUCCAACUUUCGAGACUGCCUCACGGGCUCCCAGGAUCCAAACGCUUUUGGAAGUAUUAGUACCGAUGACGAUGCCGAUAAAAUUGAAACAUCUUUUUUAGACAAGUUUGCGUCGCAUGAGUGGGAAAAUAUUUUACAUUUUAUGGUAGGGACAGAGGGGACACCAACACCAUCACGAUCGGUCUUGAGCUUGUUAAAAUUGGGUGGUCUCAUGGAGGGAGAAUCAGAAUUGACUAUAACAAAUACUGGAUUUCAGUUUCUCUUACAGGAUGUAAAUGCACAAAUAUGGACUUUGCUUCUACAAUACCUAAAUUUAACUUCGGAACUGAAUAUGAAUCCCGUGGAUGUGUUGAACUUUAUUUUCAUUCUUGGUUGUUUGGAAUUGGGAAAAAGUUACUCAGUAUUAAGUUUGAGUGAGACGCAGGUGAGUAUGCUUGCUGAUUUAAAGGAUCUUGGACUAAUAUAUCAAAAAUCAAAGACUUCAAGUAGAUUUUACCCCACCAGAUUGGCAACAACGCUUACGUCAGACUCAUCGGCGUUGAAAACUCCGUCUAUGGCUGUUGAGCAAGCAUUGGAAGAAAGUGAGGGUCAAAUGAUGACAUCCACGAGCCGCGAAUCUAUCAUUAUUGAAACAAAUUUCAAAAUUUACGCAUACACCAAUUCCCCCUUGGAAAUUGCAAUUCUCAACUUGUUUGUUCAAAUGAAAACAAGAUUUUCUAAUAUGGUAUGUGGUCAAAUUACCCGAGAAUCUAUUAGAAAUGCUCUUUAUAAUGGAAUAACCUCAGAUCAAAUCAUCAAAUUCUUGGAAACACAUGCUCAUCCGCAAAUGAAAGCGUUGGCGAAGGAGAAGUUGGACAAAAAGGUGGAGUUUGAUGCCAGUCAUAAUAUUAAUACAGCUGGUGGUGCCCCACAAAGCAAAACUGAUGGAACAAUAUCACAACAUAAAUUGGAGGUGAUCCCACCAAACGUUGUUGAUCAAAUUAAACUUUGGCAAUUGGAACUUGAUAGGAUACAAACAGUUGAAGGAUACUUGUUUAAGGAUUUUGCUAAUCAACAGGAAUACGAUAUGCUAUCGAAUUAUGCUACAGAAUUAGGAGUGUUGGUAUGGGGAGAUAAGGCUAAGCGAAAAUUCUUUGUUACAAAGGAUGGUAUGGCGCAAGUUGCAGACUUUGCCAAUCGAAAAUUAAGGGGGUAA